GUCGCGUGCGUGCGGGACAGCGGGAGUGAGGAGUGAGGAGUGAGCUGUGAGCUGAGGAGCUGAGGAGCUGAGGAGCUGCAGCGUCCCAAGCACGAGUUCUGGAUAAGACAAUGACUGAACAAACACAUUCAAGUUUUCUAUCCACACAAAGACGUGAACCAUCAGUGCAUUUCUAAAGGAAGGGGACAGACUGAGAUCAGCAGCCACAAUGCAAGUUUACACCACGACCCCGCCAACUGUCCAAAGGAGCAAUCUACGUACUCCACAGCAGACUCCCUGCAGCAGACAGCCUGGCCCUACAUCACAGAGUGGAUAUUGUACACAGAGUGUACAACAAAGGACAUUAAACCAAUGGAAUGCCCCUCAAUUUGUCGGAUUAAACAAUGGACAAUCUUUCAGCUCUUCUGUCCAGCCUCAUUCAAGUUCAGCUCGUUUGCAGUCAAGUCCUGUGAGCAGGAAUGAUCUACCUGGUCCACAACAGACUCUCAGUAGCGAGGGGCCUGGCCCUACAUCACAGACUACAUAUUACAAUGUGCAACAAAAUACAUUAAUCCACUCAAAUAAUAAUCAAUCUCUUUGCUUAAGAAAUGGACAGUCUUCCCAGCCUAAUUCAGGCUUGCAGUCAAACCAAACUCCUCCGUUUCAGAUCACUGGCCCUCGGAGUCAGUUGCUUUAUAGUUCAGCUUCUUUAAAAGGUCCUUGUCCAAAUGUUACUGUACAAUUUCAACAGUCACCAGCUGCUCAUGUCAAAGUCCCUACUGUAAGCUAUCAUUCCCAGUUAUCACAUACAAAUACCACUUCUCAGGGCUGUAAUAAUAUACCCCCCAUUCAGAAUGUUAGUUGGUUUCCUUCUGUUUCUAGCAGUGGAAGCUCUGUAUUAGAGAAUAACCAGGCGCAAGCUUCUGUUCCAUCAAGGCAUCACCCUUCAAGUGUGCAGUAUAACAGAAUGCAAAUCAUGCACCAACCUGCAGCCCAGCCUCAACAAACAUCCCUAAGUGUUCAGCUCAGUCAGACAGCUCAGAGAAUUCAGGUGAACCAAGGUCAAAUAAGAGCAAUAAGAAAUGGUACAUCAUACAGCUCUACUGCACAGUCCUCUGCUGCAGCACAAGCGCCCAUCGUGCCAUCUCUGCUCCCAUCUUACGGAGAUCAUCAUACUAUUAGUAGUCGGGGCCAGUCACAGCACAACGUAAAUCAGGUUCAAAAUUCAUCAUGCAGAACACAGAACGUCAGUCACAGCUGGGUAAAACAAGGUCAAAGUGGAGCGACGGGUUUCGUAAUUCAGAGCCAACCAGGACAGACAGUAAAUCAAAGCUCAUCAGUUAGCCUGCCUCAGCCGCAGGUUUUUGGAGACAUUCUUAAAGAGGUGCGAAAGAUGCAAGCAGUGCAGCGCAACACCACUGUACCGAUUUCUGGCCAUCACAGCACAGCAAGCCUUCCUUCAUUUCAAGCCUGUCAGUGCAACGCAGAGCCACAAGGUCUACAGGAAAACAUCACAAUGGCUAUGUUGACUAGGACCUCCCAGGACAUAACAUCUCCUACUUUUCCUGCUAGUCAAGCACAGCUUCCCACCUUUUCUAGACCUAACAAAUAUUCUAAAGAAACUCUGUUGAGUUUUCUGCUACAGCGGGAUCAUGGACAAGUUCAAAGUCAAAGCAACAGUCCUCUGUCCUGCUCCAGUAGCAGCUUUAGAGCUCAAGUUUUUGAAAGUAGAGGUGGACGCCAGCAGACAGCAAGUCCUACUACCAGUGUGGCAGACUACCCUCAGACACCAGCAUCUAUCUUGCACAAUAGCAUUCCUUCAAACCCAAGCAAAAGAGUAAUCCAGAGGGUUGGACCAGCACCCCCCAAAGAUGUAGAAAGAGCAGUAGAGGGGAAACAGUCCAGCAGAUUACAGACUGAGAGGAGUGAUAAGAGACCUAGAGAGGUGGAGCACUGUACAGAACCAGCUGAGUGUCUGGAGCUGGUAAUGGCACUGCAGAAAGCUGUUCGGCAGUUCCACAGAGCAGUUGCAAUAGUUCCACCCAUUUCUCAUCAAGCUGAUCCUGGGGAGAAGGAGGAUGGCCCCCAAAGUGCUGAUGACAGCCUGCCACUCAAGAUUAAUGCUGUCUGGAGUCUUGAUAAGGACGGUGAAAGCUUGGAGAAGGAGAUAAUUGCACCAAGUCUGCCUGAAGAGAUCAGCAAAGAGCCACUUGAGUUGUCUUCUGUAAAAAUACCUCAGACACAGGAGGCUAUCAAGCAGGGAAACAGAUCUACGGUCAACAUUGAAAGCUGUACUCCAUCUGAAACUCAAAGCUUUGAGGUUCCCCAGGCUGAAAAUAGACCUACAUCAAAGUCCCCAAGCUCUAACACUUCUCAAGCACCUUUCUGCUGUAUUGACUUAAGUGAAAGUCCAGUACAACAAAGUGUCCAAAAUGAGUCUCAUUCAGUCUUUGCUACAUUUGAUCUGUCCUCAGUUCCAGUAACUGCUUUUACGCUGGAGAAACUACGACACUUAGUGAAGUCCUUAGAGGACUCAUCAGCAGAGAAAGAAAAGGAGACGGCUACGGACCUUAGAAAGUCUGUCCUUGCUCUCUACUGGGAUGGAGAUGUGAGAAACAUACUAAAAGAAAGACAAGACGCACAGUGGCUAAAUACUAUAAAUGAAAUGUGCAUUACAGAAGAGCAGACAGAAGUAUUACAGUCCCUUGAACCUGAAAACUUAAAAAGACUGUCAUGUCAUUAUCAAGUUUUGGAAAAUGAAAUCACCUUUUCAGAUCAGUUCAGGUCAUCAUGGCUGAAUGUUGAUGGAAGUCCAGCUGAUAUAGACAAAGUUCUUGCAGAACCUGUUUCAGAAUAUGACUUCACAUGGUGCAAGGAUUCUUUGCAGUCAGUGCUUGAUAGCACUAUGAAUCCUGACAACGGUCUUGUCCAGACUGGUGGAAAGGAGGAAGACCAAGCUUUGUCCACCCAAAAGGAAUCAUCUGAGACUACAUCAAGUAACAUUGCUGUGAAUCCUGAACACGCUCUUGUUGAGGUUGGUGGAAAUGAUGAUUCUGAGGACCUGCUUGCAUCCACUCAAAAGGGAUCAUCAGAGACUACAGCAGAUAAUGCUACUAAACAGAAUGUAAUUUCAGACAGUGGCCUCUCGGAGCCUGAAUGUGUAGCAGCUAAUUUCCAGAAUAAUGCAGUUGUGCUUAAAAAGCCAGUGAACAUAUCAUUAAAGAACCAAGAACACAUCCAACUAAACUGUAAGACAAAUCCUUGCUUGCAAAAUGUAAAUAGGAAUUCUGCAGAUUCAGCAGAAGGCAAAAAAUAUGCAUCUUGCAUCUCUAAUACUAGUCAAGAGCCUCUUUCCACCCGUUCUGGACCUAUUGAUUAUACUCAAGUUACUCUGUUGGACUUGCUGCUACAGAAUAACUGUGGACAAGUUGACGGUCAAGGCAACAGUUACCUGUCCUGCACUAAAACCAGUUUUAGAGCUCAAGCUGAGAGCAGGGGUGGAUACCAGCAAGCAGCAAGCCCUACCACCAGCGUGGCAGACUACUCUCAGGCACAAGCAUCUGUCUCACACAAUAGCACUCCUUCAAACCCAAGCAAAGGAGAAAUCCAGAGAGUUGGACCAGCAACCCCCAAAGGAAUGAGUGAAAAUACAAAUCCUGCAGAUUUCAUGCAUUCAGCUGUGAAACAAAGUGCACUGAGUGAGAAUGAGAGAAAUGAAUACCAAAAAUAUCUCCAAGACACUAGAAGGGAUAUGUUCUCACCACCUGUGAGCCCAAAGUCAAAUCAAAAUAUUAUUGAGCAAAAAAACAGAAAAGACGAUGAGCAAAUGUGUGCAGAAUUGCCUGUCCCUCCAUCACAUCUAAACGGUUCAGAUCAACAUGUAGAAAAUUAUGGCAGCACUUGUGAGAGAGAAGAUGUUUCCAAUGCAAGUUCCCCCAAUGACUCCCUAUUGAUGGACAUCAUAGUUCUUUCUUCUGAUGAUGUUACAACAAUCUUCAAGUGCAACAAGCAGAAUGAGGCCCCUCCGGAUGAUUCAAAGUUGUUUGCCAUGCUUCCUCUCACUCAGCCAAACGACCUAUAUGGAAGGGCAGUGAUACCACCCAGUCAUGUAAGAUUUACCUGUCCUCAUGUGACGGACAUAAUCUCUGACGAUGGCCAUUUCUGCUCCAAGUGUUGGGACGAGACACCAUUGCUUGAUAUAGACCUGGAAGAAGCUCUGUUGAGCCCAGAGGAGGGUGGACCUAAUAUCACAAGCAGCCCUAUUAGACCAGUUGAAACACAGUUGAAACGACUUGAACUAACUCAACCAACAUGUUCAGACAAUGCCAGGAUAACUGAGUCAGUCCUAGUCGCCCCAGAGGUUGAUGACUCUGAAAUCAUUAGAGCCCCAGCCAAACCAGGUGUUGAGAGACAAAGCCCUAGUCCGCAGUCUGGCAACCUACCAGUUCAAGAAUUAUUUGAGCCUGCAGUGAGUUCAAAGCCAGUUCUAGAGGAGAUCUGUGGGGUUGAGAGUUCAGCCAGAGCAGAGUUGCCCUCGGCCAUCGCACACUCAGAAAAGACAAAGUCAUCCCAAACCAACAUAUUAGUAAAAAGACUUUCUUCAUCAAAGUACCUGUCACAUAAAAAGCGCAAACUCUCCAAAGCUCUGGCAGUGGCUGCAGACGAUGAUCUGUUCAGCCAUGAUGUGAUGAAAGCUGGUGCCCAUAAACAGCAGUCAGGUGUUCACAGUUUUACCUCUAGUGGUGAUGGCCAGAAUUCUGGAUAUGAAAGGAAUAAAAAAGUCAGGGGAGAAGAAAAACGCACUCCGAUCAAGAUCGUAAUUCAAACCAUUAAACAUUCCACUCAGACUGAAACAGUUGGAAAGGCACCUUUUAAGCUUCAAGUAUCAAAUGCUUUUGAGCCUCAUCAGCCCAAGAACAUAAUACCUCAGAAGCUAGAGGGAACAAUAUGUUCUCCACAGUCAGGUUCUGCUGAAAUUCAACACCCAAAGCAUGGCUUAACAAAACAAGCUGGACAAAAGAAAAGCGUAAAGAAUGUGAAAUUUUUGUUGUAUGGGACCAAGAAUAGUAAUAGAGAUUUUCUUCACAAAUGCCAUGAUGGAGGAAUGUCUUCCUCAGCUCCUGUUUACAUCUCUGUUUCUGCUGCUACUCAUGCUGGCAUGAGCUACACGGAUGUGCCUUCAGCAAAGCAAAAGGUCUACAGUCAGUGGAGCAGUUCGUUUGUGCAAAAACAAAAUACUUUCUCACGUAGGAAAUACCAAAAGAAGUUUGAGCGUGAGCUCAAGAACAGAAUAGAAAUACAGAAACAAAUAAUGAGAGAGAGAGCCAUGUACAAACCUGGGAGGGGGGGAGCAGCUGACAAAGGGCCUGAAGCAUAAAGGGGACAAAGAUACAACACAUGAACCCAAAAAGUUGAAGACCACCAUUAUUGGGGAUUAUUUUAAUUGAGUGUAAUUUGCAACAGUAUUCUGUUGGUAAACUUGGUACAUUGAUCACCUUGUGAGACAAUAAGUUUGUACCAUUUGUCAGAAUUAAACUGAGAUGCUUUGGCAGUUUCCCCCGCGACCCGAACCCUGGAGAAGCGGAAGAUGAUGGAUGGAUGGAUGGCUUUUGGCAGUUGUACGUGUUGACCAAUAAGGUCCCUCUAAAUACUCUAAUUGGAGCUUCAGGGCUAAUGUCAGCUGAUCCCACAUGCCGUACUCUCGGGAGCUUCAGUGACUGUAGUGGCUAAUAGGAAGAGGCCAGGAUGGACAGGACCAUGUUCUCUUUCCAGUUGCUGUAGCAUUUUUACUGUACUUCAGGAGGUUGUUGUUAAGUUUGUAUAUAUUUGUACUGUGCUUUGUUGAAUAGCAUUGAGUGCAUUUCUCUUUUUAUAAAGUUUACACUUUUUGCUGCUUUGUUAUUGAUGUGGUGCUGUAGAUUUGUGUAUUUUUUAUAAUACAGUUUUUGCAUUUUUACAGAAA